GCGGCUGCUCCACGACUUGACACGUCUCACGCCCUCUUUUCCUAUCGGCAUGACCGUCGCCUGCUAACCCCAAAUGCCUUUGCCAGUGUCCGACGAGCAGCUGGGCGAUGCGCUUCUUCAAUCGGCCCAGCAUGGCGCGUUCCCCCAAGACGAACAAGUGGCUUCUGCCCCCGUGCCAUCCAGCGCGCUUCCCAAGAUACUAGAGGUCGUGGAAAAAGCCAGAGAGGACACCAGAAACGAAGUCCGCGCGCUCUCUCGAGAAGCCGCAUCCGACGUCGACGGCUGGAUUGCACAGGCGCGCAAGCUGCAGCAUGAUAUCAAGCGCUCACAAGAUACGGCCAAGGAGAUUGUGCAGCAGGCAGAAGCAGGCAAGGAGAUCACAGCACGCGUGCAGGAUGCUGCAGGCAAGGUUAGCCUACUGCACACCGAAAUUGCCUACAAUGAGAGCCUGGCACAGGCUGUGGAGCAGCUGCGAGACAUUUCCACACUGCUAGAUUCGGCUCAAAACGCAGCUGUAAAUGGCCAUGUCCUGCACGCCAUCGGCACCCUUGAAGACGCAGAUGGCGCCUUCACAAGGCUCGGUCCUUUUGCGACUACGAGAGUAGUGGGUGUGCUCAGGAACAAGCAAGAGCAGCUGAAAAAAGCCAUUGUAGAGACUGUGACAGACUCGUGGCAUGGCCUGAUAUCAGUUGACAGCACUAAUCACAAAAUCUCACUGCACCAGUCAAUCGAACGAGAAGCCAAAGUCGAUAUCGAUACAACCGUUGAAGCCCUUACAAAGCUGGGCCUGCUUGACAACCUCAUCAAUCGCCUGAGUCGCGAUCUCGACAGAAUCAUAAUCUCCCCCCGUCUUGCCAUGGGCACCGACCGCGUUGUGUCCGCAUUCAAAAUUGAACGAGACGACAUACAACGCGCAGGCCCAGUAAACGAUGGACGUGUCAAAGCUACGUUGGAAGAUAUUCAUUUGAUCGCCGAGUACCUGAGCACACGCUUGCCGCCCAGUAUUGCAAUUCCGCUAUCACACAAGAUUGUCCCGAUUAUCGCGUCCCGUCUGAUUCACAACCAACUCUUGCCUGCUGUACCACUUUCGACAGAGGGGAUCCCGCAAUUCCAAGAAUCGCUUUCAUACAUAUUAGGUCUUGUGGAAUAUCUAGAUGAGCUUGAAUGGUCUGGUCAGAGCCGCCUGACAGAGUGGGUCGAUAAGUCUGCCGAAAUAUGGCUGGCCAAGCAGAAAGAGGCUGCCAUUGCCAAGGUUCAAUCCAUGUUUCCAAAGAAGGUGCUCGAGAAGAAGACUGUGGAGAGGGUCGAGACGGAGAUGGUAUCAAAAGGGGACGCACUACAUGAUGGCGACGACCAAGGGGAUGAUUGGACUGCAGACUGGGACGAGGAAGACGAGUCUACCAAAGAGACAGAGACAAAGGCGCAAAAAGAGAUGGUAGAAGAGGAGGACCUGAGCGCAUGGGGCGAUGAGGUCGGUUUGGGCGACGAGGAACAAAAGGAAGAGAAAAAAGAGGACAAGUCAACCGAUGCUGAAGACGCUGAAGAUUGGGGUGCUGAUUGGGAUGAGGAAACAGAGACUAAGCAAGCUGUCCCGCCGAAUGACACCGCCAAAUCACCAAAAUCACCGAGUAAAAAUGGGACACCGGCACAGCAGAAAGCGCCCACACAGCAGGAGGUGACACUGCGCGAAACAUAUACUGUUACGGCAAUCCCAGAUGCAAUCAUGGACAUCAUUUUGCAGGUUCUCGGAGAUGUAGAGACACUCAACUCGGCCGAUCUUGUCAAAUCAGCCAUUGCCCCUGCCAGCGGAGGCCUGUAUGCCAUCCCAAGUCUUUUGCUCGCAAUGUAUCGAGCCACUGCUCCUAUGCAUUACUCCAAGGAUAUUGCGGGCAACAUGCUCAUCUACAAUGACUGCCAACGUCUAUCCGAUCGAUUGCGGCUGUUCAUACAAGAACAAACGGAAAAGGACAUAUCGUCUACAUUGCCGCAUCAUCUCCAACCUUCUAAGCGCCUGAAACCGUUGCUUGAAGCCGAUAUCAAAACUAUAGAUGGAUUCGGCAAGCGUGCGUAUGGGCGUGAGAUGGAGUCGCAGAGACAGAUAAUAAGGGAUCACCUGGAGGGUGCACAAGGUUUCCAAGACUGUACCAACGUCCCUUUCGCCACGGUCUGUGACGAUGCCAUCGCCACCACCAUCGAUAGGAUAGGAGAUGUGAAGCGACAAUGGCAAAACGUCCUUUCACACAGCGCUCUACUCCAGUCGCUCGGUUCCUUGGUGUCGGCGGCACUGACAAAGUUUAUCAAUGACGUUGAGGACAAAUCAGACAUUGCAGAGGAUGAGUCUCGAAAGCUACACGGGUACUGUGUUUCGCUCUCCACAUUGGCUCAGCACUUCCAGACUCCGGAUGACAAUGGAGAGGUGAGGGAUAUGGCUGGUAUCUAUUCACCAAACUGGUUCAAGUUCCAGUACCUCAGUGAAAUUCUGGACAGCAGCCUUGCGGACAUCAAGUACUUCUGGACGGAUGGAGAACUGAAGCUGGAAAUGCAGGCUGAAGAGGUGAUUGGCUUGAUUGAAGCAUUGUUUGCGCCUAGCGAUCAUCGGAGGAGAGCUAUUGCAGAGAUUAGAAGGACCACUUUAACGCGCCACAAGCUCUCAACACUGGUAAAUGAGCUGCUACACCGUGGAGACGAGAACCGCAUUCCGUUCGACAUCCUUAUCAAUGGCGAAUUCCUGCGCACAACCAUUGACCAGUUUCUUACAAAGAACGGUAUCAAUGCCGAGGCGACGCUCGAUGUCGAGUACACGAGGGCGCUGGUGCCACCACUGAAUGUUACCAGCUUUGAACACGACGACUGGGUUUCUGCGGUUGAUGUCCUGUCGGGAGUGCAAAGUGGGCAAGAGAGGAUAUUAAGUGCAAGUUAUGACGGGCUGUUGAGAGUGUGGAACACUUCGGGAGAUGUUUUGGCGACAUCCGAAGCCCCGAACAACGGAGGUCGCAUCACCAGCUUGAAGACGGCCAAGUGGUUGUCUGAGAAGAAAAUGGUGGCCGCUGGUCUGGACAACACUGUGCGUGUGUACAGGUAUGACGACGAUACGCGAACCAUCACAACCGCCUUGGAGCUCUUCAACCAUCGCUGGGGCGUAGAAGACGUUGCGGUUCACGCGCCUUCAAACCGCAUCCUUUCUGCAUCUUCAGACACAACCAUCUCGCUCUUCUCAAGCAACGCAAAGGAAAACCCCGUUGCGCCAUCAAACCUACUUCCAGACUCGACCGUCGCCUCGAACAAGCGACAAAAGCUCUCGAAACCAGAUCGCACAGUGCCUGCUCGAGGCGCAUUGGCUACCUUCACCGGCCACACGUCGCCAGUCUCCAGCGUCAUCUUCAAGCCCGACGACGCCACCGUCGCAUACUCUGCCUCGCACGACCACACGCUCAAGACUUGGGAUCUCCCCACAUCGACAUGCGUCGACACGCGAACCACAGGCCACUCCCUCCUCUCUCUAUGCGCCGUCCCCUCGCGGAAUCUCCUGGCAACCGGCACAUCAGCGCGCCACAUCACUCUGGUCGACCCGCGCGCGUCCGCCACGCAAAUCAGCGUCAUGACGCUGCGCGGCCACAAGAACGGCGUGGUAUCCCUCGCCACGGACCCCUCGUCCGAACACAACCUCGUGUCUGCCUCGCACGACGGCACCCUCCAGAUAUGGGAUCUCAGAAACGUCACGGCUGCCGGCCAUGUUGGCGAGGGCUUGACCGGCGAAAGCGUAUACACCAUCUACCGCCACUCGCGCGACGGCGACGCCACAAAGAGCCAUGGUGACGGCGCAAAGGUGUUUAGCGUCUGCUGGGACCGUACCGUCGGAAUCGUGUCUGGUGGCGAGGACAAGCGCGUGCAGAUUAACCGUGCUAUUGGCUCAUGAGCGUAAAGGUAACCACAUAGCAGUAGUAGUAGUAGUAGCAGUGAUGGUGGUGUUCAAGGCGCAUGUUUUCAGAUACCAGAUUGGGUCAGGCAACC